AUGCCGCCCCAGCUCAAACUUAACGCAGUCGCGUUCGUGUCCCCCCAAAACCAUCCCAUCCUCAUACGAACGUUCGCGCAGGGACAGGAUGAGCUGAAGUACCACUACAUCGCGCACACCAGCCUCGACGUCAUCGACGAACGCAUCGCAGCCGCGCUAGCGUCGAAGUCGACAGACUGCUAUCUGAACCUGCUGUACACCAUGGAGGACGUCGCGGUGUACGGCUACAUCACGCCCCUCAAGGUCAAGAUCAUCAUCGCGCUCGCGUUGACCGACUCCGUCGUGCGCGACGCGGACGUCAUUACGAUAUUCCGCGCGUUGCAUACGGCAUACCGCCAGGCGGUUGCCAACCCUUUCCUCAAGGUUAACGCGCCCAUCGACGGCUACAACGACCACGCGACGCUCCUCCAGGCCGGCAACUCGAAGUGGAGAGCGUUCAGGAAACGGGUAGACGACAUCGGCAAGGCUGUAGGGGCCGUCGGUAGCGCAACGUGA